AUGAACUGUGAUGUUGGGAACAUUUCCAGAAAUGCGUCACUUGCCUCAAUUGUCUGCGCACAAAUCGUGAAAUCCCAUGCCUCAUUGCUCCAUUGUUGGCAGCAAUCACUCAUAAUUCGCGUUGUCAUGAGCUCUAGCUCAAAGCGUCUGCAGCAACCGGACUUUGGUGACACAAAAACGCACGGACGGACUCACAUUUGCUGCCGACCAAUGAAGCGGCUAUUCGAGCGAAAAGGGCAUGGCGACCCCGGUCCGAAGGGGGCACUCGGUCUGCCCGGCGAGCCGGGCAUGGCCGGCAAGAUGGGCAACUUCGGCUCGGUCGGGCUGAAAGGGGAGCAGGGCGGCGACGGUCUGUCCGGCGAGCCCGGGCCCCCGGGGCCGCUGGGCCCGGCCGGGAGUCCGGGCAGUCCCGGUCCGCCGGGCGUGUCCGGCGAGGCGGGGCCGCGAGGCGACACCGGCGACCGAGGCCUGCAGGGCGCGAGGGGACUCCGCGGCGCCAGAGGCGAGGCCGGCUCGUCCGGGGCUCAGGGUCAGGACGGCGCGAAAGGACCGUUCGGCGAGCAGGUGAGCAUUCGUCCAGUCUCACAAUUCGCUUGUCUCCUCAUCCCAAAUGCUCGCUUAUUUAUUGCUUUUAUAUUCAUCACACUACUUUCACUUUUUAAGUAA